AUGGUGUCCAAGAAGUCCUUGAUAGCCCUCGUGGCGACCCUCGCUACUACAGCGUGGGCUCAGUCGACAACCGAUGCACCUUCAGCAACCGCUGAGGAGUCUGCCACAGGAACUGCUUCAUCAGCGGAAAAGACACAUACUAUUAAUGUUGGAGCGUCUGGUCACAAGUUCACUCCCGCUGAGGUCAAGGCUGAUGUCGGUGAUAUUAUCGAAUGGCGCUUCUAUCCCAGUAACCAUUGGGUUAUCCGAGGAGACUAUGACCAUCCGUGCAUUCCUUAUGAAUAUGUCGAUCUGGACCGCAAAGGUUUCUCCAGUGAGAUGCAAAAGGUUCAGGCCAUCACCGACGAUGCUCCUCGAUUCCGAGUCCGCGUCAACGAUACUGACCCUUUCGUCUUCUACUGCGGAGCUCCAGGAUCCUGUGUGAAGUACCACAUGAUGGGAAUUGUCAAUCCCUCAAAGAAUGAGACACUCAACGGUUUCCUAGCGAACGCGAAAGAUGUCGACUACCAGCUACGACCCGGUGACCCAUGGCCUACUGAGGAGGGCUUCCCCUCUCCCUCUUCAACUUCUGGAUCAUCCGCCGAUGAAUCAUCCGACGACGACGACAGCAGCAGUAACAGCGGAGGUCACAAGAAGUCUCUCUCCACUGGAGCCAUCGCCGGUAUUGCGGUUGGUGGUGCGGCCGUUCUUCUCCUUGCUGGUGCUCUUCUCUACCUCUGCGGACGACGAGGUGGUUUCGACAAGGCCUACCGCAAGAGCUUCCGCAACAGCGCCAUUCCUCCUGCUCCUCCCGUUGUCGAGAGCUCAGUCUACUCUCCUCAUCCCAGCGUCGCCGACCCUUGGGCCGCCCAGAAGAGCCCGGGUCUCAUGGCCAGUCACUACGGCCAGCAGAGCCCGCCCAUCAGCCCUCAUCAGUCACUUGCCUAUGGAACUCACCCCGGCAUGGUAGCUCAAGACGGAUCACACAACUCUUACUACGACUACCAGCAACCACAAAUGGGCGCUUCUCCCUCUACUACCCCCAAGCCAGUGGAAAUCGCCCCUGUUGAACUCCCAGGCUCUCCUGACCCCGGACACUCCCCCGUCCCUGCGUACAACAACACCAACGAUGACGGAAGGACCUGGGACGAGCAGGGAUAUUACCGACCUGCGAAGUAG